AUGGCUUCUAGGGACACUCACGAUAGGCGCCAUGCAGGUGCUCAGCAGCAGGCGGCUUCCAGGGGGGUAGGCGACUUGCGGACGCUCAGCAGCAGGCAGCUUCCAGGGACAAAGUGGUCAGCAGACAGGAUGGCUUCCCAGGGGCCCCAUGAUUAGCAGACAGGGUGGCUUCCCAGGGGCCCAACCAUCAGCAGACAGGACGGCUUCCCAGGGCCCCCAGAGAUCAGCAGACAGGACGGCUUCCCAGGGGCCCAACAAUCAGCAGACAGGGGCGGCUUCCUAGGAACCCAGCGAUCAGCCGAUAGGGGCACAGCGGGCUUCAGCAGGUAGGGGCACAGCAGGCUUGCAGGGGC